CGCGGGGCAAUUAUGGCAUGGUAUAAGCAAACCGGCGCGGGCACUAGGAACCGUGCAGCCGGUUGUCGGCCCAUAGCGUCACACCGCACUGCUUAUAUGGCGCUCCGCGGAUAUUGCCAACUGCGACACGUGGCACGACAUGAUGAUAAUGAUGACGACGGUGAUAAACACGAUGAUGGUGACGAUAACGGUGGUGAUGUUGAUCUGGACGACGAUGUCACUGAUGAUGAUGACAAUGUUGAUGACGAUGAUGAUGUCGAUGAUGAUGUUGGUGAUGAUGAUGAUGGUGAUGAUGACGAUGAUGAUGAUGACGAUGAUGACAACGAUGAUGACGAUGUUGAUGAUGACGAUGGUGGUGAUUUUGAUGACGGCAACGAUGUCGCUGAUGAUGAUGAUGUUGUUGAUGAUGUUGAUGAUGUUGACGAUGAUGUUGAUGAUGAUGACGAUGUUGAUGCCGUUGACGAUGUUGAUGAUGAUGUUGUAGAUGAUGAUGAUGAUGUUGAUGAAGAUGAUGAUAAUCACGAUGACAAUAAUGGUGUUGAUGAUGAUGAUGAUGAAGAUGAUGACGAUGAUGAUGGUGGCGACGAUGAUGGUGAUGAUGGAGGCGAUGAUGAUGAUGAUGAUGGCAAGCAAGAAUCAUGGGGCCGCUCGCGAGGAAAGAACGAGAGGGAAUCAGAAGGGGACACAGAAACCAUGUGGCCCAAUGUCACCGACAUCCUUUCCCUCCAUUGCGUGAUGGAGGGGACCUUCUUGACACCACGCAUCUUCGAGUCGAUCUUCUCGACACUACGGGCCAUGAGUGUCGAGAUGCACAUUCGCUUAGCAGAACCUUUUCGUCCUUGUGCAAAAUCCGUGCGGCUUUUCAACGGUGUGACAACGAUCCACGGAGCGACCGCAGAGGACUUCGACGAGGACCCAUGGAUGACCGUUGUCCCUUGCAUGGACGCGCAUCCUGACGACUGGGGCGAGGGCAAUUGGGCCAAUAUGGAGAGUCACUGCCCUUGGGCAAACCAGUACAAGUUCGCGAAUAUGUUGGAGUUCGGGGACCUCAUCCCACUGCCUGACGCUGUCCUCGGACAUAAGUUCCUGAACCAUAUGCGCAAAGCACUAAGGUCGUCGCCACGAACUUGGGGGGGCUCGCGGAAACAAGAGUUGGUGGACUGCGCUCGUCGCUGCUCGUUCCUGGACCAGUACCUGCUCCGUAGCCCCGAGAUUUCUCCACGAGCUGUGUCGUACUGCUGUGUGCGGUUGAUUGUGUCCGGAUCUGAUUUCGCCAGAGUUCUGUGUGUCGCUGCUUCGAACAAGAGUAGGAAACUCAUCGACGCAGUUGUGCUCGUGUCGCGCAACGAGGUUGUGAUUGAAGGGUCCAAAUUCGUGCCGAUGCGUGGGCCUGAACGUGUGGAUCGGGAACGUCAUCGCCGGUGCCAAGGGGGCGAUUCUGGACAUGUGUCUAUUCAAGGGGUUCGGAGCGGGUGCUGCGACACCCCGUUCUACGACGACCUCCGACGGCAGGGCGGGUUUGUUUUGGGUCGAGAGUUCUUUGACUUGUUGGAGGACAAGGACAUCGCCUUUGACGUCCCUUGCGAAGUCGGCCACGACUUGGAAUUGUCAAUGCCUUUGCAUCCGUGCGGCGGUUGUGAGUCGAGCAGGGCAGCACGGGAGGGGGGGGAUCUGGGUUCCGGGAAGGCUACUCAUGUGCAGCGGGAGGAUGCCAGAGGUUUGUUUGACGGCAGCGAAGAUGAGGCCACACCACGUCCUCCGUUUUCGCCGUCGAGGGAAAAAGACAGUCUGCGUUCGAAAAUAAAGAACAGACGUACGAGUUGCCGGUCUUCAAGCUCGGUCUUCAAGCUCGCACCACUGGGGCUUCAAAAACCUACUCCUGGGACCAAGGCACAACGUCUGAAGUCGGAGGAGUGGAAGAACGAGUUGGAGGGAGAAUACUACUACUACGCGGUGUGCGGGCAGCACAACGCGGCUGCAGCCCGGUCGAUGCUCGGCAGCGAGGUGGCCAAGAAGUACAAUUUCGAGCGGUGGCCGGCACGGAUGGUGUACUUUUCCGACGAUGACUUCGAAGGGUAUUUUCUUGUUAGUUCACAGGAGAACAAGAAGGACCUCAAGGCACCUCCCAGACAGUUGAAACUUUUUAUGAAAGACAUUCGAUGGCAGUGGAAGCAUGACAGCUGCCCAGGAGCUGUGAUGGGGAACCCUAGCGGGAAACAAGAUCAGGUCCGGGAUUGGCGUAAGUUUUGUACAACGGCGCUCCAUAAGGCGCCUCAAAACAGUUUGUGGCUUCUCGCGGAUCAAAAGGAAGAGGAGGUCAUUAAGAAGCAAAAUGUUGCCCUGYGUUCUUACUUACCUCUGGCGAUGGCCAGGGAAAAUGUCUGGAAACUGGUCGUGGAAUUUUUUGAAAAAUGGAAGACGGGCAGAUUGCUGAGGCACGACGGGGCUAAGUGGAUCGUCAAAAAGAAGAAGGUCAAAAACGUAAAGCCUUGGGUCGCCUACAUCCACAACGACAAAUUGGGCAGAACGGAGGAGGUGUACAACAUCCCCGUGGACCCGUCGAAUAAAAAGGGCAAAAAGGAGAAAGAGGAGGGCGAUUGGCUCGUGCAAGUGCCAAACCCGGACGCGCAUUGUUGGAAAACAAUAGAAUCACUCACGGACAAUGAGAAGUAUCGCGUUCUGAAAAAGGUGCUUGCUUGCGAGGUCGUUUGGGUCCAGGCCGACUCCCUGUCUUUGGCGAAGUUGGGAAAGCUCAGCGUGCAGGACAUGGUGCAGCUGGUGAAGUGCGACCGCGUGCUGGUCCGGUUGUGGAAUUACUACCAAUUCAAGCACGAGAAGAGGCCGGACGCGGACUGGAUCCAAAGGUACCCUUUCUUGAAAUCGAGGUCUGCCGUGUUCAAGAAGUUCGAAGGUAAGGGAUUGGAUGACAAGUUGUGGGAUAACAGCAGGAAACACGUUUCCGACUCGGAGUUGUUCAACGACUGCGCGCCGUACAUGGGUUCUGACGAGGACAACUCAAUUGAGGUGACGAAGAAGCUGGCGGGCCAUAAGAAGUUGUCCGUCGACAGGAGAAACAAGAUUUUCUCCGUGUUGAAUGGAAGCAAACUGAAGAGCCGGGAAGUCGCACUUGCCGAAGGCGUCGUUCACAUUAAAUGGAAAGACACAGGGGAUGUGACAUCCAUCGUGCUGUUUGCCAAUGACCCUUUAGAGGCGGACAUCAUGGGCGCAGAGUUGAAGGAGGCAGUGGCUGCCACAAAGAGCAACACGUUCGUCCUCGAUCUGUGCGAGCCGCUUGACCUCAAACUGUGGAAGCCCCAAUAGCUGCAAUCGCUGUACUUCGUAGAGUCCGAAGAGCAGUUGAAGUUAGCCAGUUACGCUUCCCUGAUCUCCACUGACGACGAGGAAGCCAUAGGUGUAAAGUUUGUCGCCAACGCGAAGGAGGAGGAGAGCGACACGGAGAGCAUCGACCUGCAGUACGACCCGCCUCCGGCGGACCACGGCCGAGGGUCCUCGUCGACCGGUCCAUCACCAAGCGCUGCAGACCCCGUGUCACCAUUGGCCAAACCGGCGCCGGGCACCACACCGAUGAAGUUGCUGGAGAGACUUAGAGCUCUGGCCGCCCCCCCACCCGCUUUCCGUCACGGGUCCGUUGUCUCGCCCGAUCAUCCGUCUUGGAAGGAUGACAACAUCCACUUCCUGCUUGAACGGCAACGUUAUUCACCUGAGCAGGACUGGGGCCAUGACAUGGUUUGGCAUCCGGGAGUCAUCCAGCCAGCGAUACGAAAUGGCGAGUGGGUCAUGGCCAUGGCAAUCCCGGGCGCGGGAUGGGUGUCAUUCCCACGCGAGUCGAAGUCGAACUUCCUGCACCUCGCGAGGAUUUCGGUCCUCCAGAAAGUGACGGCCGAAAAUAACAUUUUAGCACGUGGCGACCUGUCCCUCAUUUCCACUGCCAAUCGACUGUUCGACGAGCUUCAGGACAAGUGCUGGUUGGAAUUGACGGAGGACUACUACGAGCUCAACACGAGUCCGUCGAAGGGCGUGGUGGACUGGAAAGUGCCCCCUCCCAGUGGGCCGGACGGUGGUUCUGUGGGGGGGUCACCUGGAAGCGGAGCGGAUGGGGGUGGCGACGCAGGGGACGGCAAAGGAAUCCUGCCUAUGGGGGAGAGAGGGUCUCACGGCCGCAACACGACACCGGGAGGCAGCGCCGGGGUGGCGGUCGCUCGGCCAGAAAGCCGAACUACGUCGGGUGAGGAGCCGCCAGAGCGGUCUGGAAUGCGAAGCUGCUCGGGGUCGGGGGAUCCAAGCAAGGAUCGAGAAAUUCGCAGCAUUGUGGCGCGGGACGGAGACGUCGGAAAGGUGUUGCCUGGGCGGGAGCGAUGGCCGCAAGGAUUGCAGCGGGAGGCUGCAAGUGCAGGGUCCGGCGACACGGAGACCACGAAGUCCUCCAAGAUCCGAACUUCUUCGGGCGGGGUUUGUCGGCCACGGAUUGUCGUGCCAUUGAGAGGGGCAGCGUGGACGGGGACGGAAGGGCGGUCCUCGAGAUUCGGCAUGGGUACCGCGGAAGGGGACGAGUUUUGUGGGAGGGAAGUACGGGAGAAAAGGGAGGAACAGAAGGGAGUGCAAAAAGGGGAGGAAGAAGAAGAAGAAGAGGUGGAAGGGGAGGAAGCGGGAGAAACGGAGCUAAUUGAUUUGUUUGAAGGAAGGGAGGGUGUCGGAUCUGGAGAAGACGAAGUGGAACACAGUGACGACGAUGCCACGGCAAUAGAGAUGGAGACACAAGUGGUCAGCAGCCUUUCCGCAGAGCCUGAAGAUUAUGCGGUCCGACCACUGACGUCUGCUAUCGACUUGCAGCACCGGUUCGACGAGGCUUCUGUCGCUAUCAGCCCGUCUGAAAAACAUCGACGUAUAAGUAUCGACGAAGUCAUCGACGGUAUCCUCGGCGACCACAACGUGUCUGCCCGUCCGUGCGCAACUGCCAACAUCGCAUCUUUCGUGGCAACUGCCUUCGCUUUGUCGCCGCCGAAGUCUCUGGUGCUGCCGGCCACCCUUGCCGCCGAAGGGGAAGGCGAGUGCAGUGGAGGACAGCAUCCCCCGCAUCUUCAGUUGGACAUAGGGUUACCCUGCUCGCCUCCUUUCUCAUGUGUUGAGACUCGAGACUGGCGGUCUCACGACAUGCUGGAGGGGCCCGCUCCAGGAGUGUUGGAUACCGGGGGUAGCGAGAACGAACGUCACACUCCUCGGGAAGACGAGCGCUCUCCGGGAACGCGUGUUGUAGAUCGGGAAGAGGAGACUCAACGCUGGCAGUCUCGCAAAGUGUUGGAGACCGGGGGUAGCGAGUGUGAACGUCAUGCUUCGGAGGGUGCGCCCGUGGACACUGACAGCGAGAGUGCAGGAGCUCCGGGGGAAACACAUGCUGUACAACGGGGAGCGGAGACUCGAAAUGGGCCGGCUCCUGAAGACGUGAAGUGGCUCCACGCACGAGCGCUGGUGAUCGGGACGUCCGAAGAGGUUCUGCAGAGUCGCUCGGCUGUGGCCACGACGCGAGAGGGUGUCGUUAACGGAGGUAAGUGGACGUCCGUGCAAGCUCUCGUUCUUGGCGACGAUGAAGACGAAGAAGAACCCUCGGUGGAAGCUCAGGUUCAUGGCGAUGAGAAAGGCGGUGAGGUGACUGUUGACAUUCGGACGGAUCCACAACGGAAAGAUGGUGAUUCUUUGCCCACCCGUUGCUUUGAAGAACAGGGUGGUCGAGCGUUUGUCCUGAGCACCGCUCGGGGAAUGGUGCUUCAUGAAGCCAUAGAGUUGGGUGACGACUCCGCAGCCACCGAGCUGGUUAGCGACUCAGGCGUAGCCGAGAUGCAGAACGUCGAAUCCUCCAUGGAAGGCGGUGAGGUGGCCGUUAACAUUAAGAUGGAUCCAAAGCGGAAAGAUCAUGAUUCUCCGUCCACCUGUUGCGGUGCCGAACAGGGUGAUCGAGCAUCUGUCCUCAGUACGGGUCGAGAAAUGGUGCUUCAUGAACCCAUCGACUUGCCAAGCGACUCAGCUGCACCGAGCUGGUUAGCGACACAGCCGUGGCCGAGGUCCAGAACCUCGAAUCGUCCGUGGACGUUGGCGCAGUGGCGCGACAGAAGGGCGAGUUUCCUCAAAGGGCUCCCGAGCACGGUGCGAGGUUGUUAAUGUCCCUGCCCAUGAAGCCUUUAAAAGCC